AUGCUGCCCCGAGGGCGCCCCCGGGCGCUGGGGGCCGCCGCGCUGCUACUGUUGCUGCUGCUGCUGCUCGGCUUCUACCUGCUCGGCCCGGACCUGGACUACGGGCGACUGCGAGGGCCUGCGGUGCUAGACGGAGCCCUGCCGUGGGACCACAACCACUCGGCCUGUGUCCCACUGCGGUCGCUGUUGCCCAAGUGCGAGCUUUUGCAUGUGGCCAUCGUAUGUGCAGGCUAUAAUUCCAGCCGGGAUGUUGUCACCCUGGUCAAAUCCCUACUCUUCUACAGGAGAAACCCCCUGCACCUCCACUUGGUGACGGACUCCGUGGCCAGGAACAUCCUGGAGACACUCUUCCACACUUGGAUGGUACCUGCCAUCCGAGUCAGCUUCUACAACGCUGACGAGUUCCAGUCCCAGGUCUCCUGGAUCCCCAACACCCACUACUCCGGCCUCUAUGGGCUCUUGAAACUAGUGCUGCCCAGUGCCCUGCCCUCUGACCUGGCCCGGGUCAUUGUCCUCGACACAGACGUCACCUUCGCUUCUGACAUCGCGGAGCUCUGGGCAUUUUUUGCUCACUUUUCUGAUAAGCAGAUGAUUGGUCUUGUGGAGAACCAGAGUGACUGGUACCUGGGCAACCUCUGGAAGAACCACAGGCCCUGGCCCGCUUUGGGCCGGGGGUUUAACACAGGUGUCAUCCUCCUGAGACUGGACCGGCUUCGGCAGGCUGGCUGGGAGCAGAUGUGGAAGGCAACCGCGAGAGGAGUGCUCCUCACCCUGUCGGCCACCUCUCUGGCUGACCAGGACAUCUUCAAUGCUGUCCUCAAGGAUCAUCCAGGGCUGGUGCUGCUGCUGCCCUGCACCUGGAACGUGCAGCUGUCUGACCACACGCUGGCUGAGCACUGCUACUCUGAGGCGUCAGACUUGAAGGUGAUCCACUGGAACUCGCCAAAGAAGUUCCGGGUGAAAAACAAGCAUGUGGAAUUCUUCCGCAACCUCCACCUGACCUUCCUGGAGUACGAUGGAAACCUGCUGCGGAGGGAACUAUUCGGGUGCCCGAGCCAGGCCCCACCUCAGGCUGAGCAGCUGCAGCUCGCCCUGGCACAGCUGGAUGAGGACGCAGCCUGCUUUGAGUUCCAGCAGCAGCGGCUCACCAGGACCCGCGUGCACCUCACCUUCCUGCCUUUUGAGCUGCCGCCACCCAGGCGCCACGACGUCACCCUGGUGGCCCAGCUCUCCAUGGACCGGUUGCAGAUGCUGGAAGCCCUGUGCAGCCACUGGCCGGGCCCCAUGAGCCUGGCCCUGUACCUGACCGACGCCGAGGCCCAGCAGUUUCUGCGCUUCGUGGAGGGCUCGCCGGUGCUCUCGGCGCGGCGCAACGUGGCCUACCACUUGGUGUACCGAGAGGGGCCCCUCUACCCCGUCAACCAUCUGCGCAACGUGGCCUUGGCCCAGGCCCUCACGUCCCACGUCUUCCUCAGCGACAUUGACUUCAUGCCGGUCUACUCCCUCUACGACUACCUCAGGGCCUCCCUCGAGCAGCUGGAGCUAGAGAGCCGGCGGAAGGUGGCCCUGGUGGUGCCGGCCUUCGAGAGCCUGCACUACCGCCUCCGCUUCCCUACUUCCAAGGCCGAGCUGCUGGCCCUGCUGGACGCCGGCACCCUCUUCACCUUCAGGUACGAUGUGUGGCCCCGGGGUCACGCGCCCACGGACUACGCCCGCUGGAGGGAGGCGCAGGCCCCGUACCCAGUACAGUGGGCAGCGGACUACGAGCCGUACGUGGUGCUGCCGCGUGACUGUCCCCGCUACGACGCCCGCUUUGUGGGCUUUGGCUGGAACAAGGUGGCCCACAUCGAGGAGCUGGAUGCUCAGGAAUAUGAGUUCCUGGUCCUGCCGGAAGCCUUUACCAUCCACAUGCCCCAUGCGCCCAGCCUGGACAUCUCCCGCUUCCGCUCCAGCCUCGCCUACCGCGACUGCUUGCGGGCCCUGAAGGAGGAAUUCCACCAGGACCUGUCCCGCCGCUAUGGGGCCACUGCCCUCAAGUACCUCACUGCCCUGCAGCAGCCUCGGGGCGUCUUGUGAUCUCCCCUGGCCUUGGGCUGCUCUUGCCUGGCUCAGCUGCACCACUGCAUGUGGGGAGCUGCCUCUGCCCCUCCCAAGGACACUGCUAUUUAAGUUAUUUACCCUCUCCAUGGGGAGGGCAGGGGCAUCUGUGGUGGGGCCUGGGGUCCACCCAUGCUGCUAAUCCCCCAUUGGGGUCCAGCCUCCCCCUGCCCCAGCCGGUUUGGGGCUGGUUCCCCGUCCCAACGACCUAUACCUCUUUUUCAUAAUUAAAGUUUGAAAAAAAAACCCUUGUAUGCCCAUUCCUCUUGGUUUGGGGGCUCGGACUUCUUAGGAAGUCUCGUGCAACUGCAGUCACAGGAGGGGCAGCAG